GUAAUGUAACUUUGACAGAAUGAUGCCAUUUAUUUGCUUAAAAUGGAUUGUUUUCCUAUGCCGUGUAUCUGUCCUGUUCAUAUGCCUUGGGGUUUUGGGCCUCACAUUUGUGAUUUGUGUCAUUUUUUUGUAUGGUAAAAAGCGUGUGCUGAGAACACGCAUGUAAAAUAAGCAGAAUUGUGAUGUUAUAAAGAGUUUAAAGAGACAUGAAGGUCAACAUCAGUCCUUUAGCUGAGAGCUUGCUCUCAUGUUGCCUAUUACACAAAUAAGAAAUUCUCUCUUUCCCCGUCUCUCUCUUUCUGCCUCUCUCUCUCCCUCCCUCCCUUUCUUUUUUCUUUCUUUCUCACACACACCCACACAGAAACAGUCAAAUCCACAGGCAGAGUGAGAGCGAAGGAUGAGGCAUGACACAUAAAAGAGAAAAACGUUUAUUUUCGCUUUGCUUUAGCACUGCGCUUCUCUUUUUUUCCCUCUAUUUCUGGUUCUCUCAGCCCUCAGGUUAUUUUUUGGAUGCUGAUAUGAAGAUGCAGUGAUUAAUGGUAUGAAGUGGUGAUAUGGCUCUGGAUAUGGAGAGGACAGUCUCUAAAAUCAUGUUUGACUUCCAGAGGAACUCGACCUCUGACGAUGACUCUGGCUGUGCGCUAGAGGAGUACGCCUGGGUGCCACCUGGCCUCAAACCUGAACAGGUUCAUCAAUACUACAGCUUUUUCCCAGAAGAUAAGGUCCCUUAUGUGAACAGUAUUGGUGAAAAGCAUCGAAUCAAACAACUCCUUCAACAACUGCCACCGCAUGACAACGAGGUUCGGUACUGUACCUCACUGGAUGAAGAAGAAAAGCGGGAAUUGAAGAUCUUCAGUAACCAGCGAAAGAGAGACAAUCUAGGCAGAGGCACCGUCCGACCUCUACCCCUCACUAUAACUGGAGCUAUAUGUGAACAGUGCGGAGACCAGAUCAAUGGUGGCGAUAUUGCAGUGUUUGCCUCACGGGUUGGCCAUGGCAUGUGUUGGCACCCACACUGUUUCGUGUGCUGCAUGUGUUCUGAGCUGUUGGUAGAUCUCAUCUACUUCCACCUGGAUGGCAAGAUCUACUGUGGCCGCCACCAUGCUGAACGACUUAAGCCGCGUUGCUCAGCGUGUGAUGAGAUUAUCUUUGCAGAUGAGUGCACAGAAGCAGAGGGGCAGCAUUGGCACAUGAAGCAUUUCUGCUGUUAUGAGUGUGAGGCCCCACUAGGCGGUCAGCGGUACAUCAUGCGUGAGGGUCAUCCUCACUGCUGCAACUGCUUUGAGUCACUUUAUGCAGAAUACUGUGACUCUUGUGGAGAGCACAUAGGUAUAGACCAAGGUCAGAUGGCAUAUGAAGGUCAACACUGGCAUGCCACUGAAGAGUGUUUCAGCUGUGCCCGCUGCAAUCAGUCUUUGCUGGGUCGUCCCUUCUUGCCGAAACAAGGUUUGAUCUACUGUUCCCGUCUCUGCAGCCAAGGGGAUGAGCCUGACCUGUCAGACUCCUCAGACUCUGCAUUCCAGAGUGCCCGUUCCCGACAGUCACGCCACAGUGCUCAGAUUGGAAAGGAUGGGACAAAAGGGAAGGGUGAAGGUGGACGACAAACAUCAUCUGGCCCUACACAGUUAGCUGGUGAUGUAGAGCCUCUAGCUGUUCAGAUGGAUUUGCUGAGCAUCUCAAGCCCAGCUCCGAGCCGCACGCCCCAUCGCACACCAACGAGAACCCCAAGUAGAACCCAAAGUCGGUCUCCAAGUCUGAACCGUGAGCAGCCAGUUUGGGUAAACAGGGAUGAGCCUUACUCUUAUGAGUCUCAACAAAGAGAUUCCUCCACAUCUCCAAAUCCCCAUCAGCUACGAAGCCAAUGUAGCAUUCGUGCCGCUUACCCUCCUUCUCCCAAUCAGCCACCCAAGAUAGUGAGCAGUCCAGAGUCUUGGUCCAAAGAACCAUCUGGGGGUAAUUCCAAAAAGCCUCCGGUCAUGGCUGCUCUGAGGGGGCACUCUUUCAAUGAAAACUGGAUGCACCAUGGCCAGGAACCUGAAUUUCAUGCUCCUAAGCUCAAAACACAAAUGAGCUUCAAUGAGGUGUCAAGCCGUAAUUCUGGAUUUUUGGACAAGCGCAGUAUCAGUGUGCAAGGUUUCCCCCGAGAGAUGCGUCCCCCGUUGCUGAGGAGCAGGCACCAGUUUGGGCCAAGCUUUGGGGAACUUACGCCACUAGAACAAACUCCAAGAGGUUCUGCUGACUCGCUGGCCCUUUCAUACACUACAGCAGGAAACUCUUUAGAUGGGACCAACAGACGUCAGGAGCACUUCUCUCGAUUUUCGAUGCCUGACCUGAGUAAAGACUCUGGGGUAAAUGUGUCUGAUAAAGGCACCAUGGGUACUUUAAACUCAUCGAUGCAGUUCCGCAGCACUGAAUCCCUGAGCUCUGUCCCAAGACCCCUUGCUGAUAUUGGCAUGCCUGUCCGAGUAAGGUACCCUCCUCCACUAUACUGGGAUUCACCCAGAGGGCUAAGUUUUGAGGAUCCAGUCAAAGGUCGCAUUGGUCUUGCAGGAAGUAUGUCCUGUAUGCAAGAAGGCAAUGCCCAAGCAAUGACACCACGGCCAAGACGUCCUCAAACUCAAGAAUCUCCCAGACAGCAGCGUCAGCGCCAACGUCACCACCACAAAAGCCACAAAGGUCACAAAUAUCACUAUCGCUCUCGCCGCUCUCGGUCAGACAAUGCCCUGCAUUUAGCUACAGAAAAUCAGAGUUUCCCUGGGGACCCCAUUCAUAGAUUUCACAAUGACUUUGAGCGACCAUCCUCAUCAAGAAUGUCACACAAUCUCUUUGGAGCAAAUUAUGGGUAUCGACAACAGUUCUUUAGGCCUUGCCCUCGAACCACAUCGGACCUCACCUUGCAGGAUCCUGGAGGUCCACAAAUUAGACAGUAUAUGGGUAGGUAUGGAGAAACAGUUGAGGAUGAAGAUCAGUUUUGCUCAACCUGUUCCUCUUCUUCAGAGGUGUCUGAUGAUGAUGGUUACCUUAUGGGUGAUGUCAUUCCACGGCCAGUGCAGCUUAGAUACUUUGACAAUGAGGAAUUGCGACAUCGUUAUAGUCCUACAUUGACGGGUGGUCACACCCAGCUACAUACACGCAAAAGGCGAAAGAGCAAGAACUGCAUCAUAUCAUAAGCAAAUGGUAAUGUGAGUAUCUGAGUGUAUGUUUGUGAGAGUGGGUGAAGUGAGUAUGUGAGAAGUGAGUAGACCCCUGUACAUCAUUAUUUAAAUGGCAAUGAUUCAAAAUUCUAUCACCUCGCAGUAAUUGUGUUACUUGUUAAGUUGAACAUAAGGGUAUUUCCUCUUGUGUUAUAUUAACCCUUUAGAUGUACUAUUUCUCCACAGUAGGAACUCAAUGAAAGUAAACCUUUCAUUACCGAGAUUAAAGAGUUUUUUUUUUGUUUUUUGUUUUUUUUGAUCUACCUUUAUCUUUUAAAUAGCCCAAAGGGGUUCCAUUGGAUUCAGGUCAGGUGACACACUUCGCUAAGUCAUAGUUUUAACUUUUCAUCUUUAGAAUCUCUUGCAUGAUUUUGGCAACAGUGGAUUGUUAUCAUGUCGAAAUAUCCUUCUUCUGCUCAAAUUCUUCCAAUCCUGCUGUUUUGCUCCGAAGAGUAAGCUAGGAUUUGUUUUUUUCUUGGAUACCAUCCAUAUAGGUUGAUACCAUACAAUGUCCUUUCCACUGUCUGAGCUGCCACAGAAACUCUGAUUUCCAUUUAUAACCCGAUUUCCAUGUCUAAAGGACUUGUCCCCCUUUUUUUUUUAAAGUAAUUUUAAGAUAGGGGUGUCCAAUCCUGCUCCUGGAGGGCCACCAUCAUGCAAAUUUUGCACCUGCAUGGAAGUUUCUAGUGUUCCUGAAGACGUUGGAUUGUGUGAUUCAGGUGUGUUUAUUUAGGGCUGGAGCUAAACUCUGCUGCAAGGUGGCCUUCUGGGAACAGAAUUGGACAUCCCUGUUUUAGAAUGAUUAGUGGUACUAUUUCUCUUUUUUUAACCUCCUUCUUAAUGCUGCAAUUGUGUUUUCACUCAUUUUUAGUUGGUCACAAUCUUCCUGUAUCCUUUUCAAUCUUUGUGUAGUCUCACAAUCAGGUUUUUCGAUUUUCUGGCAAUUCUUCUCCAUGUAGAGCAAAUCAGACAUGCAGAAAGAUACAAGUCUAAAGUUGAGAAAGGUUUGGGGUUCACAGGUCAUUUUAUAACUAUGUUAAUGCAAUUAGGUUAAUUGGAAAUAUCAGGUGUACUCGGUUUUGUUUUAAUGAUCGCAGAUUUGCACACACACACACACACACACACACACACACACACACACACACACAGUGUAUAUGUAUAAUCAAUACCCUUUUGUCAAUUUAGAAAUAAUGCAGUUAUCAAGAGGUGAUACAAUUUUUUUUUUUUCAUUUGACAGUUAAGUGAUAUUACACAGGGUGUACUCACUUCUGUGGUGUAUUGUAUGUUUUUCUUAAAUAUCCAACUAUGGGAUGAAAUCCAAUUCAGGCAUGUUUCAGUCAUUACAUAAGUGAUACUGUAGGUCAUGUGUUCUGAUCUGAAAUCAUGUGUUUACUGUGACUGGAGAUUGCACAACGAUCAAAAGUAUUACCUUCUAUUUAUUUGAAUAGUACAUUGAAUCUUAUCUAUUGUUAAGAAUAUGAAUUUUGUUUUGUAGAAACCUGUGCAAUAAGAAAUCUGCUAUAUAACUUUAUUUAAGGAGAAGGAAAGAAGUGAAGACUCAUUGUGCACUUAACCUUCAGAAUUAGGAUAUGGAUUUUUAAUUUCAAUUUGCAUUACUCAAAAAAAAUGGGAUUAUCGCUUGCCAUAUUCCAUAAACUCAGUGCAUCAAAAAAUCUAAUUACAACCAUUUUCUUAUCUGUUUUUAGAUUUUCUCGGUUGUGAGUAUAAUUCUAGUCAAGGCUACACUCCCCCUUUCUUUUUUCCUUAAUUUUUGGUAUAAUUUAG